AUGGCUGUGAUGGAGAACGAGACGUGGACACAUCCCACGUACGUCCCACACUACCUCCUCCACGGUGACCCUUUCGCCUCCAGACUCUCCAAAGAGGCCGACAUUGUUGCAGCCUUCUACAUCUGCAUCAUAGGAAUUAUGUCUGCAACAGGGAACGGCUAUGUCAUUUACAUGACCAUCAGACGAAAGACCAAGUUAAAGCCCCCUGAGCUCAUGACUGUUAACCUAGCCAUCUUCGACUUUGGCAUAUCAGUGACAGGAAAGCCCUUCUUUGUGGUGUCCAGUUUCUCCCACCGCUGGCUGUUCGGCUGGCAGGGCUGCCGGUUCUACGGCUGGGCGGGCUUCUUCUUCGGUUGCGGGAGCCUCAUCACGAUGACCGUGGUCAGCCUGGACCGCUACCUUAAGAUCUGCCAUCUCCGAUACGGCACGUGGCUGAAGCGCCACCAUGCCUUCCUGUGUCUGGUCUUCGUAUGGCUGUACGCAGCCUUCUGGGCCACCAUGCCCCUGGUGGGCUGGGGGAGCUAUGCCCCGGAGCCCUUUGGGACCUCCUGCACCCUGGACUGGUGGCUGGCUCAGGCUUCAGUGUCCGGCCAGAGCUUUGUCAUGGCCAUCCUGUUCUUCUGCCUUAUCCUCCCCACCGGCAUCAUCGUCUUCUCCUAUGUCAUGAUCAUCUUCAAGGUCAAGUCUUCUGCUAAGGAGAUCUCGCACUUUGACGCCCGCAUCAAAAACUGCCACAACCUGGAGAUGAAACUCACAAAGGUGGCAAUGCUGAUUUGCGCAGGCUUCUUGAUAGCCUGGAUUCCUUAUGCAGUGGUGUCAGUGGUGUCAGCGUUUGGCGAGCCAGAUUCGGUGCCCAUCCCUGUCUCCGUUGUCCCCACCCUGCUGGCCAAGUCCGCAGCCAUGUACAACCCCAUCAUCUACCAGGUCGUGGACCUGAAAAACUCCUGUGCAAAAUCCUCCUGUUUCAAGGUCCUGAAGAAGCGCAGGCAUUUUCAAAAGUCAAGCUUUUACACCAUCUCUGGCUCGUUAAAGGACAGAUCGCCAGACAACGAAGCUCACAUUGAGAUGUGAGGCAAAAACUAGACUGUUUGACCCCCUCUGAUCCUCUCUCCUCUUGUGAUUGGAUAGCUUGCCUUGCCCCCACCCCACCUCCCUCCUGCCCUCCGCCUACCCAAUCACACGCUGCCUGUCAACUGCUAUGGCAUCAUCAACUGCUCACCUUUGUUGCCGUUGGUUACCAAGCCUUGCUGUAUGUUAACGCCCACGCUGGAUCUCUGUGUUCCCCACAGCACCCCACAUUUUUUCACACAAAGUUUUCCUUAAUCUUUGGAGUCACAUUGUCUUGAUAGUGUUUCCAAUAUACAAGUGACGUGUUGCGUAGGCCCGUUGGCAGUUCUUUCAGUAUCACACACACUCAAACUCUCUGACUAUGCUAUGACAAAAGUGUUGCUUGGUAACUAAAAUGUUUUCAAAAUAGGAUUUGACUCAGGUCUGAGAAUGUGAGACCAAUUUGACAGGUUUCUGACCAAACUCCAGCCAAGCUGAAAUGUCAAAAAAAAAUUGUAAAUGUCCAAACAUUUACAAACCUGAGCUGGAUGCAAACUGAAAAUAAUUUGAAACUCUGACCUGACCCAUUGCCAGUUGGAUCCAGUCAUGCACCAUCGGGUUUGGGUGUAACUGUCAAGCUCAAAGCUGUAUUUUUAAUGUUUGUACAGGCUGUUGUGUCUUUUGUACUGCUUUACUGUACCUGCAGCUUGUGCGGGCUACAAUAGAUAUUUCACAAACACUGAAUGACAUCAGCUCAUUCACUUGUCAGCUGUGAAACUCUGCACACUAAGGUUGAUGUACGAAGCUCUAGUCAAAGAGCUCAAGGCUUUGGUACUGCUUCUGCAGCAGUUAUCAAACGUUUGCUCACUCACAUUCUCUUUCCGUGUGGUAAGUGUUCCCAUGAGAGCUAAAUAAAGGUUUAUCCACAGAAGAAGAAUCAGUGGAACAGUCGCUUGCUGAUGGAACACGUCAAGAUGGCUGCAGUGGAUUGUAGAUGUUGUAGUUAUGGAAGUGAAUAUGGUGGACUGUGCAUGAGGCUCAGAAAGCUGCAGUGUUCAGCAUGGCUGCCGUCAGAAAUAAGGGCUGGCCAAGACUGACAAAAGAGCUUUUUGAGAAAGAGUCAUGACUAACGUGGAUAU